AUGAAGGGAAUAAUGAAGGGGAAGUUGAUGAAGAAGCUGAAGUCAAUCAAGCCAGUUGGGUACUUGAAGGAAACUAGAAUUCUGCAAGUGAAUGCAGCAGAUGGGUUCAUUGAGACAUUUAUAAAGAAGCCGAUUCUGAAAGCUCAAGCUGAAACCCCAGAGGUGAUGGUAUGCAAAGAAGUGGAGCAAGAAAAGGUUAAAGAUCGCAGCUUUGUUGUUAAUCAAGAACCAGAUGUUAUUGAUGUAAAUGAGCUUAUGAAAGAUCUUGAAGAGGAGGAGGAGGAGGAGGAGGAGGAGGAAAUGGAGGUUGAUGAUGAUAAGGAAAAUGUUAGGCCAGUAGUGAAGGCAAGAGUGGAUCUUUUUGGGGUUAAAGAUAAGGUUGAGUCAAAAGGCUCUAAUUUUAGACAAGCCCCUUUGUCAGAGAUUGAUAUAUCAUCUUUCCGGCGACCGGAUUUGAAUUCCGGUACUCUUUUUGACCCGAAUUUAUUGGCUGCCUUUGAAGAAGCAGUGAAAGAGCAUAUGAGAGUGAGUGAAGAAGAGAGACGAGGAAGAAUUGAGCAAGAAAAUACAGAAAAGAGUCGAGAAGCAGAGAGGAAUAUCGAAGACCAGGAAGAAGAGCCACCAUUGAAAGCCCGUCGAAUCGGGGAAGAUGAGGAUAUUGGUGACCCUAUAUUAGGCUUCCCAGAGAUAUGUCCGCCAGGAGGGAGUGACUCAGUGAUUUUCUACACAACAACCCUUAGAGGAAUAAGAAAAACUUUUGAGGAUUGUAGCAGCAUUCGCUUUCUUCUAGAGAGUUUUCGGGUACUAUAUUUUGAGAGGGAUGUGUCAAUGCACAUGGAGUUUAAGGAGGAGUUAUGGAGGGUUUUGGAUGGCAAGGUGAAACCCCCAAGGCUUUUCAUUAAGGGGAGAUAUAUAGGUGGAGCUGAGGAGGUUUUGAGUUUGCAUGAGCAGGGAAGGUUUAGAGUGCUCUUUGAAGGGAUCCCAAUUGAUAGAUUUAUUGGUUCACCAUGUGAAGGAUGUGCUGGUUUUAGGUUUGUGCUUUGUUUCCAUUGCAAUGGCAGCCAUAAGGUUGUUGCAGAAAAUGGGUUGUCAUGUACAUGCCAGGAUUGUAAUGAGAAUGGCCUGAUAAUCUGUCCCCUUUGCUGUUGA